AUGCAAGGAGGAUUGGAUAAUGCGGAAGGGGAGUGUGGAGGCGUGGAUGUUGAUAUGGAUGCAGAUCACGAAGACACGACCGAGCCCGAGGAGAGUGACAUUCCCGACAUGUGCGACGUCGAGACAAGCAACGAAGACGACGAAGAGAGCCUUACCCAGGAAAAUGACGAGGAAAAUCAUAGUGGAAAGGACCAUGGAAUCGAUCCACUUCAAUUACAGAACGUCCAGUGGCGCGAUCUCAGUCCUAUCUUGCAAACUGAGAUUAUCGACAACCUGAACCGCGUGUACCAGUGGUCGGACAUCGUGACUCUGUUGCACUUAUCUCCCGAGGAUAGUAGGAUUGCUGUUGAGCAUGCAGCUGCGCGGAAGCAGCAAGCGGAAAAAGAGAACAAAAAUCUCCAGCAAAUGCAAGAGAAACAGCUUGAGGCCCUUCUUCGAAUUGAUAAUAGCGUAUUGAGGAAAACUCAGGUUCCAGCUCAACUGGUGUUUAGGAGCAUUUCAAGACAACAUCUCAGAGAUCCACGUGCGCAUCCGAACCCAGAUUACCUCAUGAGCACAGCAAAAGAGGUUAUUGCAGCAAGAUGCUACUUACGUCGAAUUGGCCUGGACCCCGGCUUCACGGGUGAAUGGAGGUGUGAUGUUGCGGCUAUGGAGCAGGCAUCAGGUACAGACCCAACAGCAGUGGAGGAACUUAAGUGGACACUUAAUCCUAAUACUGAGGAUGAAAUCCCGCAGGACAUGGUCGCGGCGAUAAGAGGACACAACACAACUUCACCGAGCACCUCUUUUCAAAACAGGGUGUCGAAAAAACAAAAAACUAAGAAAUUCGCGAGUGAAGCGCCAAACGGGCGCUUUAUCAACUGCUUUGGAGGUCAGGGAGGAACCGUCCAAGAAAGCCAGACGCAGACAGUGGGUAAUAGCGCAAACGAAUCAAAACCGUAUCAUAUCUCGACCUCUGGAAUGAGGGCUGCCCAGGAAAUUCUCAGUGGGAACCAAAGCUCUCCGUGUGAGACCCUUGUCGACACUGCAGGCUCUGAUGCAUUUGAAACAAACCAGCCUGAAGACACGGUUGUGUUUAUGAAAGUGGGCCCUGAGGGUGCUGCUCGAGUCGAUAACAUGAAUGAAAUGUCGUCCCCAGGGCUGCGCCUCUUCCCAUCUAGUCCAUCACAAUCUUCUUCUGGUGGGUCAAUCUUGACCACGCAACGAGGAUCAUUUGCCUGUGCCCAAACGGAAGCACCAUCUCAUUACACUCCAUCGACUACUUUGGAUUCGAAAAAGGAGUCUACUCCGACGUCGGAAAUUCAAUCAUCGGGACGCCAAAGGCACCCACCCGAAAAGCCAUUGGAGAGAGCGCUGUCAGGUGGCUGGUGGUAUGAUAUGGAUACCCCGAAAUGCACUCAUCUAACCACAGAACUUAGUCCAUCAAAGAGAAUCCAAGAAAGAAUUCUUGCCGCAAAGGCAGAAAAUGAGAUCCGGCAACUAGGUCGAUCAGAUAGCCACACUAGGAUAGCCCCUAGGCCUAGAAUCAUGCAAUUACCCCUCCGCUCCUCGCCAUUGCAUUAUGGUUGUGCCUGUGAUCGGGAUAGACCAGCCACGCCCCAGGUUCCAAGCUCGGAUGAGCUUUCCAUGAUGAGUUCUCCAACGAGACGAGGGAAUUCCGGGCAAGACAUACCUCAGAUACCAUUGAAAACCCCAACGCAUUCACUAAAUGGUGAUGAAACCGAGGAGGAGCGAGGGCCAUCGUAUUCACCAAUAUCACCUCCAGGAACCACUGAACAGCCGUCAAACUUGAAUGGAGCCCAGACUCAGACUAAGACUGAAAAUGAGAAUCAUGACCGUGUGAAAAGUGAAAGAAGUAAAAGAUUAGAGGAUAUGAUUCUCGCAGAAAUUAUGGCUGUCCCGAAAGAGGAAGAAACGGCGUUAGGUGCGGCCAAGGGGGAGACAUCGUCCACCGCUGAAUCCAGGACUAACUGUUCUAAAAUACCGGAACCCGAUAAUGACGCUGCACAGGGACUAUCUGGACUUCGGGUUCCUCCCGUCAAGUUUGCAGAACCGACAGAUGAUCCUGAGCUUAGCACACAAAACGAAGGCCAGGGCGCUCAUUCCAAUCACACGGAGGCGCUUGAAGAAGAUUCUCAAUUGCCAAAGAUCCAGGAAGAGGAAAACGUGGCGAAAUCUCAGGUAGCAAAGAAGGUUAGAAAAAAGAGGGCAGCAAGGGUGCCUGUCCCUGAUUCGCAGAGGAGAAAGAGUGCGAGAUUGAACCCGCCAGCUGGGAGAAUCCUGAGGCCGUCAAAAUCAAACGUCAAGUACAAAUGA